CAAGAAGAACAAUUGCUGCCCUCUACAAAUAAUUUGUUUUAUUAGUGUUUUAUGAUGUAUUCUACCCACAGACCACUGGGAGCAGUACAUUGCUGCAGUAGCAGGUUUACUGCAGAGGAGGUGGGAGCGACUCAGUGAGCCCCUGGUGAGAGAGGUCCAGCUUGAGAAUGUGUGGGUCAGCCUAAGAACAGCGAACAGAGGCAGGGAAAGACCUGAUCAAACCCCUGGAUCAGCAGACAGAGGAGGUAGAACACCAGAGCCGGACGUGGAUUAUGGGUCUUUUGAGUCCAGAGUGACAUUGGAGACCUUCCUCCAGGGAUGUGCAGGAAAGGUGACAGUUCUCGUUGGCCAGUCUGGAUCAGGAAAAACUCUGCUGAUGUCUCGUUUAGGACAGCAGUGGGCACGUGGACUAGGCCCUAUCCCUUCAUCCUACCUGUUUGUACUGCUAGAGUUUCGUCAGCUCAACUUAUUGUCCUGCCCUCUCUCCCUGUCUGAGUUGCUGUUCCGACAAUAUCUCCCUCCAGGGAGCGACCACAAAAAGAGAGCCAUUGUGGAUUACCUCCUUACCAAUCCAGAGCAAAUCUGUUGGGUGCUCGAUGGCUAUGAUGAGUUUCACAGCAAACUCACCAGACAAAAGAAAGAGCAGAGAGCGCUAUUGGACCCAGAAAAGCCUCUGCCUGUCGCAGACCUCAUCUCUGCGUUGUUAAAUCGCCAGCUUCUUCCAGGAUGUACUGUGGUGGUCACCUGUCGUGCUCGAGAUGUCAUUGAUUUGGAAGGCGUGUCAGAUAAAGUGGGGCAGCUGCUGGGGUGGGACUGCCAUGAGAUCAAGGAGUAUGUGCACAACUUCUUUUUAAAAGGUAACUCAGCCAGUGGAUCUCUUGGAGUGCAGGCAGCGGACCUCCUUCUUACAACACGACACUUCCUUGCCAUGUCGUCCCUCCCUGCACUCUGCAACAUCUGCUGCAUCUGCCUGGAGCAUUUACUGGGAGGGAGAGACACAGGUGAAAAAGUGAGAGAAAAAGAAGAAAAAAGAGUACAGGUGGCAGGAGGAAGAGGAGAAGAGGACAGUAAAGGAGAGAAUCAUGCACAAACGGUACAUCAAGGAGGAAGAAGAAGAGGGAGUGAAGAUGUAACAAAUGGUAGAACUCAGCUACUUGCUACACAAGCCCAAAUACCCUCCACCCUUACACAGGUCUACCUCACUGUUAUUGGUGCAUUCUUGAGCCGUGACCCUGACAAAAGAGGAAGCAAUGACAUGCCAAAGACACCGCCACAGAGUACUGUGUACAUGCUGAGUCAGUAUCGAUCUGAGCUGUGUGAGCUGAGUCAGCUGGCCUGGAAAGGCUUAGAGGAAAGCAAGAUCCUCUUCAUGGAAGAAGACAUUCCUCAGGAUGUUUUGAAGUUUUCAAUCAGGACGAGACUCCUCUCACAGAUGGAGAUCAGACGUGAGGACGGGACACCUGUCAACUCCUACUGCUUCAUUCAUCUGACGAUACAGGAGUUUUUGGCUGCGCUCAGGAUUAUGACCAGUCAGGAUGUUAGUGACACUCAGCUCAGGAAGAGCUGUGAAAAACUAAGCGGGCUUCGUAUGCGCGGCUCUGAAAGCAUCAAUGGUUACAUCGCCAUCGCAAAUAACAACCCGAUCUCUCUGAUGAUCACCAAAAAGCAGGUGGUGUGA